CCUGUCGGACUCCACGCUGUGUUAAACACGGGCAGCUGGGAGCGGGCGAUUGAACAGGGAGGGUCUCCGGACCCAGGAUGAUUUCUGAGUGCUGCUGAGGAGGACGCUCGCCUGUGUUGCUCCUGUUUGGGGCUGCUGGUUUUCAGGACUGACCAGCCCAGUGGCUUUCACCAGCUCCAAGCCAGGAAAGUGAAAGGGGGGUUGUGAAAGCACAUAGCUGGUCACUUGGGAGCGGGAGAGAAGUUGUGCGUGAGCCAUGCUCCAGCACUGUGCGUGGCACAGGAAGAACGGGGCGGGCAGGCAAGCUAAGGGGUGAUCCCAGACAGUCUUCUGUGAAGACUGGUUGAAGUGUCUGGGUGCUGGUGGAUUAGCCUCUGGGGAGGAAGAAGUCACGUCUGGCUGCUGAGACUGAAGAAUGAGUUGUGCUCAUACCUGCAGCAUGCCAGAGGGAGGAGAGCGGGCCCCGAUUCCGUGGCUGUUGCGGAUGAACUGCGGGCAUUCGGACCCGGGGUCGGGGCAGGCAGCCUGGCAGGGGAGCUUGCGGGCAUUGCUCUGGUGGAUGAGCUGAGGUGGAGGUUGUGGCCCCAUGCUUCAAGCACAGGAUGGUAAGUGGUGGCGAUAGCAGCAGUGUUUAGGACACCUUUACUCAUCAACUGUCCACACUAGCUUCACUUCUUGUCUUUUCCCCAGCCCAUAAGAAUCUGGUUCCAAGAGGCAGGUGGGGUGAUUUUAAUGGCUGAUCUUUGAAGUGAUUUGAAGCAAGAAACCUGGACUUAGAGGUUCAGUGUUAGUUUCUCCGUCCACUUUUUGUGGUAGUGGUAAAUGUUGAAAAUCUCCAUCCUUGGAGGUUUUGAAGACCCAGCUAGACAAAGCCUUGGCUGGGAUGAUGUAGUUGGAGCUGGUCCUGCUUGGAGCAGGGGGUUGGACUAGGUGCGACCUCCUCGGUCCCUUCCAGCCCUUGUUGUCUGUGAUUUUGUCUGGCAUCAAAAGAGAGGUUCGUUUUCAUUAUUUGGUAACCCCAAAGAACUGAUUUUGCAACUAAACACAGUUUGCUAAACUGGAAAAUACAUUGCAUCUCCCCCCAAAAAUUGACUACAGGAAUUAUGUAGCUUAACCUACCAUGCUGUUCUGAUGAUAAGUCUAGGCCUGCACAUACAGCACCCCCACAUUUUCAGGUUCGCUUUUAGGAAAAAUCAGCUUUUUCCCUGAAAAAUUAUUAUAGAUAAAAACCUAGGGCUUCUGUUGCCAUUGCACAACCCUACAACAGAAUCAAAUCACCAAGGAAAAGAAUCAGAGGGUUAAAUGCACCAAAAAUGCUAAAGGAAAAGCUGCACAGAAAAAAACGUGACUGGACAGUUUUAUUGCAUGUACAAAAAAUACUGCAAGUUUAAACAUUAAGACUGUUGGGAGCCUGAUUAUAAAGCAACUGCAUGUAAACCAGGUGCACUCUUUGAUGUCUCGUUUGGAGGAAAAAUGGUCAACAAAACAGCGUGGCUGUGCAGGGCUGCCAAGGAGCUGGCUUCAUUCACAGGGAACUGACAUCAGUCCGAGAUGUUCUUCUGCGGGAGGAAUUUGUAUCUCCCUGCUGCUGCCUGCAUCCUUACCUUCAUCUCCAUGGUUAUGCUGUCUUACCUAAGUACACCAAGACACUCUGCCAUCCCAAAAAUAAUACAAGGCAGCAACUGUAGAGGACGCACUGUCAACAGCACGAUCACAGCCUUGGAGGAUAACAGAACCUUUAUCGUAGCCCCGUACUUUGAUAACAGAGAGAGCAAAAUCACCCGAGUGAUUGGGAUUGUUCACCAUGAGGAGGUGACGGCACUUUACUGCUGGUUCUGCUGCCAGCCCGAUGGGGAAGUACACGUAUCUAGGGCAGACAUUGAUGUCCACUCGGAUCGAUUUGACUUCCCGUACGGUGCAGCAGACCUGCUCUGUGCAGAACCCCCCACCUGUGAUCCGAGCUAUGUGUCGAUUCACUCGUUCCCUAAUGGAAAUAUUGAGCAGCUGCCCAGAUUUGAAAUAAAGAACCGCAAGCCUGAGCCCUUUUCUGCUGACUUCACUGUGUGCAUCUCAACCAUGUUUGGAAACUACAACAACGUCUUACAAUUUAUACAGAGCAUGGAGAUGUACAAAAUUCUGGGGGCCCAGAGGGUGGUGAUCUAUAAGAACAGCUGCAGCCCCCUGAUGGAGAGCGUCCUGGCCUUUUAUAUUGCAGAAGGGACCGUCGAGGUCAUUCCCUGGCCCAUCACCUCCCACCUCAAGGUGUCUCCUCACUGGCGCUUCCCGAAGGAUGGGACGCACAUCGGUUACUACGGACAAAUCACCGCUCUCAAUGACUGCGUGUAUCGCAACAUGUACCGGAGCAGGUUUGUGCUGCUCAAUGAUAUCGAUGAGAUUAUUCUGCCCGCGAAGCACCCGGAUUGGAAAACCAUGAUGAGGAGUCUUCAGGAGCAGAAUCCAGAAACUGGCGUUUUCCUCUUUGAGAAUCACAUCUUCCCCAAC